CAACUUCAGGUAUCCUCAUCAUCUACGCAGGUGUAUAAUUGUAUAUCAUUUUUUCCCUUCUGUUUCUGUUCUUCCUACCUUAUCUGUUAAUAGACAACACAGUUGUGUCAUACUGACGUGACGGAGUAACUGGUAACUACCUGUUAGUUACCAGGUACUCCCACUGGACUAUCGUUCCUAUUGAACGCUCAAUUGACUAGACAGACAUCCACAUCCAUUUCCUUCAACAUGCCCCCGCCAUCGAGUCAGAAGGGGGACAUUGAACCGCCCCCAGAGUUGAUGACCGAGGCUGUCACAGGCUUCCUCGCAGGUGCAUUGAAAUUCGGCUCCGUCUCGAUUCUCGCCCACAUGAUCCUCUCAUUACCUCAUCCGUUUGUCUUCUCGAAGCCGGCCUCCCCGCCGACGUCUGCGACACACCCCGCUCCGCAGCCCUCGCCUCUAUCGCGGGCCUCGCUCCAGUCGCGGCUGUUCUAUCGUCCCCUGGAGGGGUUCUCGGAAUGGCUGUCGCCCACAUCGCGUGUGUACCGUGGGCUGACCCCGCAGUUCAAGGUGUUCCUUCAGAUCGCGGCGAUGACCCUGGGCGGGUGCUUGUGGGCGGAACACCGGGUCAACCAAUACAUCGAGAUCAUGCGCCGCGUGAAACGAGCGGAGAGACGCCGGGCGGAGCAACCCCAUCGCAUGGUGGAGAUGGAAAAAGCCAGGGAAGGGGGAGGGGAGUAAGGGGUCCCAGGGAUUUACAACAGCACACAGAGUAACUACCUCAUUAACUGAGUAGUCUUACCUUGUGCUGACUCGAUCGCUCCAAACAUGCUGACUCGAACAUUUUUGCGGUCGAGGGUAGCUCAAAUAUAUAAGACGCGGCUUUUCCACAAGCCCGUGUCUUCUGUUCGCCGUCUUUUUUUGCUGGUUGAUCUCUGACCUGACAGAUGCUCGGCUAACGCCGUGAAACCUACGGAGUACGCCACUGCAAAUUUAAACAGAGGGAUGAUUUACAGAUCG